CCUAAUCGCCGCAGCUCAGCAUCACCGAGAUGAAGCGGAGAGAGCAUCGGUUUUAACAGCACUAAAGCCGCCUGAGCCGGGGUGUCUCGGAGCGGCGGCACCGCGGGCGGGAGGGCGCGCCCAAGGCGGACGGGCCCCUCCCACCGGGAGCAGGUGCUCGGCAGCGAGCCGGCAGGGAUGGACGGGAGCCGGGAGCGAAGGAAGGGAGGCGGCAGCGAAGGAAAGGAGCCUGGAGCGAAGGAAGGAAGGGAGAGAGCCGGCAGCGGACACGCGUCCUUGGGCGGCGAAGCGGGGCUGCGCGGGACAGGGACCGCUCGGGUCAGACAGCGGCUCCCCGGGCGCGGCGUGGCCAGAGGGACGGUCCUGCCGCGCUUCGGGGACUGAAAUAAAGCUCAGGCUCGUGUCAGCCAGGGAGCCCUCGGUCACAGGCACCUUUGCGUUUGCAGAGCUUGGGGGAGCUGAUGCAGACCUGGCUGACAGCUGACGGCACGCCCGGCUAGAAGAUGCUUCUCAGCUCUCCGACAGGCUGGGAGAGGGGGAAACAGACACCGCACACGGCCACUGGGCCCUGGCAGCUCCUUCCCAGCCUGCGCUUUCUGACUGCCAGAGAUUUUAGGGACUGCCUGUCUCAGAGAAUGGCCAGAGAAACAGAGGUUUCCUGUGACUGGGUGCAACACACCACCUCGGCAAGAUGGUAAAAUCACCCCGGUUUCAGGCUGUGGAGAUGCACAUACAGCCCUGGCACAGCCACGCCGAGUUCCUUUCUGCUGUGCCGGCUGGAAAGCUGUCCGACAGAGCCACGGGUGCUCCGGCAGCUGAGACAGAGGAGACGCUGCUGCACCACGUCCCUGCAGAGCCCCCGCCUCCCUUCUGCUCUCAGGGCUGGGACUGGGAGCCGCCUCCGUGCAGACAGAGAGCGGCCCCUGGUCUGGCUUCGCUCCCCGAGGGAAGAGGCUGCUCAGAGCUCCUGAUGAGGGACAUGCACGCCCGCGCCUGGCUGGGAAUCCGGGGUGCACCAGUUCCAGAUCCAGCCACGAGAGGUUCCUGCUGCAGCUGCAGGAGAGAGAGAGGGAGAGAGUCGGGGACGACGAACCGGCCCAGGAGGAGAAGGGGGGGAAGUGCCAGCAGGCUGGAGCAGCAGCGAGUGUGGGAGUGCUGGAGUGCUCCGGGACAGAUAGAGACUGAAGUUUUAACCCCUUUCUUUCAUGACUGGGACCUCGCAAAAAUGCUGAUCCUCCUCAGAGCUGAAUAAGAAGGGAGAUAAGAGAUGAGAUGAGACAAGGACCUGGCCCGAAAGAUGUGGAGACGAUUGACUGAGUGGGGAGAGAUGAUUGGAGUGGCCUUUUGGCUGGACUUUUCUUGUGUGGCCAUAGACUCAGUUUGUUCCUGUGACACAGAGACUGCACUUGGGGGGAGGCUGUGCCUCAGAACCAGGAGGGUUCAUUGUGGGGACCCCUCGGCCCCAGGGGGUUGGAAAA